AUGUCGAUGAGCAACACACCCACUCCAGAUGGCUCUGAACCAGGCACGCCUUCUUCGAGUGACAGCACCGUCGUAGCUUCUCCAUCUAGCUGGAAGGAAUCGCCUACACCGGUCGAUGAAUCGGGAGACCCGAUUGUCAAGCACUCGUACCUCGACGUUCCUUCCUUUCGUCCUUCCAUUGAUAGCACAAAUUCAGCACUCACCGAAUUGUCGUUCCACUCGAAUGAACUACAUAGCCCGCACCCUCUGGUCCAGAGUCUAUCCCACCAUGGCGCUGCCUCAAACCAGAAUCACCGGUCUACAACAUCCCGCUUCCGGGCGGCCUGGGACUCGUUCAUCGAGACGAACUACGGUGCAAUUCUAGUCUUGGCUUCGCAGGGCUUUGGCACCGGAAUGAAUAUUAGUACUCGACUGCUCGAAACACCUGGUUCCCAUGGCGAACCCAUGCACCCGUUUCAGAUCCUCUUCGUGCGACAAUCCUUCACCGCACUCAUCUGCACAGUUUAUGGCAUGUCCACCAAGAGAAUACCCGACUUCCCCUGGGGCCAACGCGGCGUCCGUCGGCUCCUUGUCUUCAGAGGUAUCACCGGCUUCCUCGGAGUGUUCGGCCUAUAUUUCAGUCUACUGUAUCUGCCGCUCAGUGAGGCGACGGUGCUGGGUUUCCUGACUCCAAUCCUGACCUGUUAUCUCUGCAGCUUUAUCAUCCCCGGUGAGACUUUCACCGGACAGCAGCAAUUGGCGGGAUUCGUCAGUCUCUUCGGUGUCUUCUUCAUUGCUCGACCAGCGUCUCUAUUUUCGCAGUCUACCUCGUCAACACAGCCUUCAGACGCGACAAUGUCUCCGCCCCCAUCGAACUCGACAGUGGCUGCUGACGGCCCUCAUCACAUUACUUCCGAGCAGCAUCUAGCGGCGGUCGGUCUUGCGAUGCUUGGGGUCGUUGGCGGCACUGGCGCCCUGACAUCAAUUCGUGUCAUAGGGGAACGGGCCCAUGCGUUCAUCAGCAUCAAUUACUUCAGCUGGUGGUGCAGUAUCGUGUCGCUCUUGUGCCUGCUUACCUUCAAAGAUGUCAAGUUCCGGCUACCAGGAAAUGGCAUGGAGUGGGGCCUACUCGCCAUGCUCGGCUGUUGUGGCUUCACCAUGCAAUUCCUACUCACCGCUGGCCUGGCAUACGGCGGCCGCAAGAACGACCAACCACCAGGCAAUAAAGUUGGGGAUCUCGAAAGCGACGGGCCAUCUCAUCUCGGACACAGCGGUCGUAGGAGACCGAGAGCCAGAGCAUCAGGUACUCGAGCCACAGCCAUGUGCUAUACGCAGAUGCUCUUCGCGCUGGCUGCCGACAAGUUUAUUUUCGGCAUCAGCCCAGACACGAUGAGCUGGAUAGGCAGCGUACUGAUCCUUGCUGGCGCCGUGUGGGUAGCUGCCGCGAAGGACACGGCUACGAAGGAUAAGAAGAACCAGGCCGGCAAGGGCAACGUAAGUCACCAUUCAGCUCUUGGAUUGUUAAGAAGAAAAGAAACUUCGGGACCAGAGGCUAGUCAUGAAGAGGUUGUAGGAUUGAUGAACGGUCACGAUGACGGAAACAAUGUUUAUGACGGACGCAGUAACGAAGCAGCCGAUGUUAUUCGACGAGAUGAACGACACGGGACAGGAUUAGACGGUGUGGAGAUGCAUGAACUACGACCAACAAUGAGCAGUGUGAGCUGA